AUGGCUCUACUCAGUAUUGUUAACGUAGCCCUUUUGGGCGUCGGUUACUUUUUAUUCUGCGUUGUUUGGCAGAUUGUCAAGUAUCGUUUCUUUCAUCCUCUCGCAAAGUUUCCUGGUAACUUCUGGGGAAGUGUCACGCGGCUCUGGAUCACGUAUCACAAUGCGGUCGAAGCCGAUGAAUGCGAGACAUUUCAAGAACUUCACAAGAAGCAUGGACCUGUGAUUCGAAUUACCCCCACUAUGCUGCUGGUCAGCGACGCGACCGAGCUACCCAAGAUCUACAAUCGCCAUGCAAACAAGUCAAAGCAUUACAUCACCGGAAGCUUUGGCAAAGAUGAAUCGCUUUUCAACAUGCAGGACUCCGUGACUCACGCCAAGUACAGAAAGGUCGCUGCACCUCUCUACAGUCUGACCAGUAUCAAGAAAAUGGAGCCCUUGAUUGACAGUAACAUCAAUGCCUGGAUGAGCCGCCUCCAGAGGGACUUUGCUGCUACGAACAAGCCCUUCGACUUUGCACCCAAAGCCGUCUAUCUAGCUUAUGACGUUAUCUCUGAGGUCGGCUUUGGCGCUCCUUUCGGUUUCAUCAAAGAGGACAAAGAUGUUGAGGGCCUUAUCCAGGGUUUCCAUGACGGCCUAACACCUUUCGGUAUCAUGGCCAGACUGCAUCCUUUUACCAACUGGGUUAAGAGCACUUUCUUGGGCAAGUAUAUGGUCGCUAGUCCUGAACAAAACUCAGGUAUCGGCACAUUGAUGCGCUUUCGAGAUCGCUUGAUUGAACAACGCUUCAAGGAUAUCGAGAAUGGUUCUACGGGUGGUCGCAUAGACCUUCUACAAACCUUUAUUGAAGCUCGAGAUGAAGACGACAAACCACUGGACAUCAACUACAUCAAGGCUGAAAUCCUGCUGGUUUUACUGGCGGGUGCUGAUACCACUGGCACGGCCUUCCAAGCCAUGAUGAUUCACAUCCUUACAAACCCGACUGUCUACAAGAAACUCCUCGCUGAGAUUGACGAGGCCACAGCAGCAGGAAAACUCUCUGAGAUGCCCCAGUACGACGAAGUUGUUGAGCACUGUCCCUACUAUAUCGCAUGUGUCAAGGAAUCGAUGAGACUAAAUCCCAGUGCUCCCAACAUCUUCCCUCGUAUUGUUCCUCAAGGCGGCCUCGAGAUCUGCGGCCACUUCGUUCCUGAAGGUACUGAAGUGACUUGUAACCCGUGGCUAGUUCAUCGUGAUCCGAAUAUUUAUGGCGAUGACGCUGAGAUUUUCAAGCCGGAGCGCUGGUUAGAUAUUGACAAGGCCAAGAUUUACAACAAGUACAACAUGGGCUUCGGGUACGGAGCCAGGGUCUGUCUUGGACAGGACAUUGCAAGAAUGGAGCUUUAUAAGGGCCCAUUGGUGUUCUUGCGGAGUUUCAAUGUCGAGUGGGUUGAUGAAACGAAGAGGGGCAAGUAUGUAGUUAAUGGUGGUGUGAGUUACUUUGAGGACAUGAAUAUCAAGAUCUCAAGGCGGGAUGCUGCUGCUUGA